UCCUUCUGCAGCGUCACCCUGAGCGGCGCCGCCGGGGUCAGGGCCUCGCCACACGCUAUAUAUCGGGGGCGGAGGUCCUCCCCCUCCCUCAGACAGCUCCCGGCGGAUUCCCGGGCGGGUCCGAGCUCCUGCGCCUGCGUCUGUCCGUCAGUGUGUCUGGCUGUCCUGUCGCCGCGGCGGAAAUUGGUCCCGCCGCCAUGAUUUUGGGUGUCGUACUGGUGGCUUUGGUCGCGGGGGUGAGGGGGGAGGCCGUCGCACCCUCCCCCUACCUCGGGUUCGUCGGCUCCUCCGUCCCCGUCGCCUCCAGGCUCGCGUCGACCUCCCAGUACUCCUUGACAGUCCAGCACGGCGCCGUCCCACGCGCGCGUUCCGUCUCAGCGCCCCUGAAGCGUGAGAAGUUGAAGUUCGAUGUUGACGACACGACUCUGUACCGCGAGGACGUGGGCGACGGUCCCUCCACUCACGAGGAGGGCUCCGAGGAGGUCCAGCGCCGUCGGGAAGGUUUGGGCAAGUCUUCAACGCGCCCCUUCCACCCCCGAAUCGAUACCGCCCUUCCUCCGCAGAGGCCGCGAGCGGCAGCUCCUUCUGUUCCUAAGGUGGAGACGCCAACAGCCGUCCCUGCCGCUCUUCCAGUCCAAGCGCAAGUUGCUGCCGUUGCUCCGGUCAGCGCGAAGGUCAUUGUCCCGGUGGUUCCUGCAGUGGUGUCGCCCUUGGUCACCCCCGCGCCCCAAGUGACACUCCAGCAUGAGGUGGUCAAGCAGCAGUUUCAUGCCCAGGACGAGCUCGGCCGUUACGCCUUCGGGUACAGCGGCGGCCCGUCGUCCCGCGCCGAGACCCGCGACGCCCUGGGCCACGUCCGGGGCUCCUUCAGCUACGUGGAUCCGCACGGGGAGAUCCAGUACCAGCACUACGUGGCCGACGAUCACGGCUUUAGGAUCACCUCCGCCUCCAACUUGCCACAGCAAAGGCGGAAACGUUCCGCAGAAACCUCAGAGGACCAGAAAGCUACGGAAGCCCACGCAGCAGGAAAGGCACGCUCACAUACAGCUCAUUCAGGGACCGGAUCUCAGGCUGGCACGGUCAGUCAACCAAGAUUUGCCACCCACCCAGGGACGCCAAGUCAGACACCAUUCGCACUCCAGCACUUCUUAACCGCCCAACCCAACUCAGUUGCCCAGCCAGCUAACUUGGCUCAUUCAAAUAUUCUUAGUCAUUUUGGCUUCCCCUCUCAAAGCGGCAUCUUGGUCCGACCAAAUGAAAUCCAGACAGCUAAUUCGGCACACUCAAAUUUUGCUCACUUGGGACCUACGGUUCAGACGAGCCCUGGAACGAGUUCCUUGCCUCUCCCGGGCAGCUUUGCUCACCAACAAUCCCCGGUUCCCGUCGGCUUUAGGGUCCAGCCAGUUGAUCCUGCCCACCAAGGUGCCACGUCCUUCCAGAAUGCCGCAUUCCAGGGUGCCGUAGCCAUCCCAAGUAACGUAGCCUUCCAGAGCGCAGGAACUAGACCAAGUAGCACAGCCUUCGUAGGUUCCGUACCAAGUUCUCACAACUUACCGUUUCAGGGUCCACUGAUCCAGCAGGACACCACAGCACAAUCACCGUUUGUGGCAGUCCCAGGUUCCAGAUCAUCUGCAGUGUCUACUGGUACUGCCGGCACUGUUGGCCUUCCGAACACUCACGGUUUUGCAGGUCAGAGUACCGUCUUCGGAAACCAGGGGUCCCUCACCGCAUCUGGGUCCUUUACCCCCUCUGGCACCCCAGGCUUCCCCAGCGGCGAUGUCGCACUCUUCGUGGAUUCCGACUUCCUUCAGGCCAACCGUGCAGACGCCUUCGCCCCAACAUCCGGCCCCAGCCACGGGAUUCUGCAGGGCCUCGGGAGAAUUCCUAGCACCCCGGGACUUCUGACCUCCGCUUCCGGCACUCCAGGAAUCCUCGACGUCUUGGGCAACCAGGGUAACUCCGGCUUUUCCUAUGGAUUCGAGGAGAGUCCUACAUCCGUCCAGACUUUCGGAAGUCACUUCAACCCUGGACGUCAAUAAGAAGGAAGAGCAUCCUGAGGGAAACCAUUCUACCACAGGCAAUUGUGUUAACCUACAUAGGUUACUAAUCGCCUAAUCCUCCGCCAGUUUCAGAAUCAAAUUUGUACUCGAAGCUUUCUUUUGGUGAACAAUAGUCGUUUAAUAAGUGGUAGGCAGAGAUAGAGAGAGGGGGGGGCUAGGAGGGAGGGAAGGUAGAAGGGAGGGAAGGAGAGAAUGAGAGAGGGAGAGAGGGAAAGAGAGAAAGAGAGAGAGAAGGAGGGAGGGCGAGAGGGAGAGAUAGAUAGACAGAUAGAUAGAUAGAUAGAUAAAGAGAGAGAGAGAGAGAAACCUAUUCAUUUCCCUCAGUUCCACUACAAUCCCUAUGCAAUAUUCUCGAUAGAACACUGGAUAGGUGCACCUAAGGCGCAGAUUCAGUAGAACAUUUUUUCUUUAUUGUUUUGUAUCUAGAUUAAGGUAUAUGUAUGUGUAUGUUUUGUGUAUAAUUGCAAUACCCAAACUUGUAUACAUUCGAACAUAUGCAAUGCAUUUCGGCAGAUUACUUCAUUAUAUAUAUAAUGUGAAUAUGUACAGAUGUGGAAGCACCAAAGAAAUAUAAUUUUGUACAUUGAAAUUAAAAUUCGAGUUUUUUA